GGCUGCACACACUGGAGCCGCGGACUCAAUUCCAUCAGAAGCCGGACAGUGAGGGGAUAUUUGAAUGUUUUGAUCCGUGUCGACCGCAGAAAUCAUUAUUUGGACAUUAUCGGUUCUAUACAAUACCGACUGCUAGUCAUGGCCGACCUCUAUUUAUGGAUACGUCCAUUGUGUUAUCAAUAAAAACUCCGCACAGCAAUCUCCGGGCGAAACAACCCGAAUAAAGCAGUCAUUACAGACAUUCUAACGUUGGCAUAGUUACAGUGCUGCUUGGAGCACCUCUCCGCGAGCCUCGUUGUACCGUUAACGUUACACACAGCUAUAACGUUUCUGUUAGAGGCGCUUCACGUUGGAAUGCAACUUUUUCCUUUGAACUUUUUUUGCUUGCUGACUCUUGAACUAGCAGAGUGACGUUAGCCCAACACGGCUGCCGAGAAGGAAGCCUCGCGGAGCACUGUUGUGCCAUGUUAACAUUUCAUUCAAGACGCAAGAACAAGCAACGACGAUGAACAGGAAGAAGGAUAAAGGAUUUGAGAGCCCUCGCCCCUUUAAAUUGACCCACCAGGUGGUGUGCAUCAACAACAUCAACUUCCAGAGGAAGUCUGUCAUUGGCUAUGUUGAGCUGACCAUUUUCCCCACAGUGGUCAACCUGAACCGGAUCAAGCUUAACAGUAAACAGUGCCGGAUCUACAGGGUCCGGGUCAAUGAGCUUGAAGCCCCAUUCAUUUACAACGACCCCACACUUGAGGUGUGCCACCAUGAGUCCAAGCAGAGGAACCUCAACUAUUUCUCCAGUGCCUACACGGCAGCAGUGAGUGCUGUGGACCCCGAUGCAGGACACGGGGAGCUGGUCAUCAAAGUUCCCUCUGAACUCUGGAAACAAGGAGAUGAUUUGAAAGUCUUAAAGGUGUACAUCGAGUUUUCCCUGGACCAGCCAAAAGGGGGUCUCCACUUCGUUGUUCCUGAUGUUGAAGGCAGCAUGGCGGAGAGAGGAGCUCAUGUGUUCUCCUUUGGAUACCAGAACUCCACCAGAUUCUGGUUCCCCUGUGUGGACUCCUACUCAGAGCUGUGUACGUGGAAGCUGGAGUUCACCGUGGAUGCUUCCAUGGUGGCCGUGUCCUGUGGCGACCUGGUGGAGACCAUCUACACCCAUGACAUGAGGAAGAAGACUUACCACUAUGUUCUGCCCAUCCCCACCGCGGCCCCAAACAUCUCCCUGGCAGUGGGGCCCUUUGAAAUCCUUGUUGAUCCCUACAUGCAUGAGGUGACCCAUUUCUGCCUGCCACAGCUGCUGCCACUGCUCAAACACUCCAUGUCGUACCUCCAUGAGAUCUUUGAGUUCUACGAGGAGAUUCUGACAUGCCGCUACCCUUACGCCUGCUUCAAGACCGUGUUUGUGGACGAGGCCUAUGUGCAAGUGUCUUCCUAUGCUUCCAUGAGCAUCUUCAGUACCAACCUGCUCCACAGCGCCAUGAUCAUAGACCAGACCCCGCAGACUCGCCGCUGUCUGGCCCAGGCCUUAGCUCAGCAGUUCUUUGGCUGUUUUAUCUCCAGGAUGUCAUGGGCUGAUGAGUGGGUGUUGAAAGGAAUCUCUGGCUACAUCUACGGCCUUUACCUGAAGAAGACCUUUGGAGUCAAUGAGUACCGUCACUGGAUCAAAGAGGAGUUGGACAAGAUUGUGGAAUAUGAACUAAAGAUGGGAGGAGUUCUGUUGCACCCAACCUUCAUCGGAGGCAAAGAGAAAGACAAUCCCACUCCCCAUCUUCACUUCUCCAUCAAGCAUCCCCACACUUUGUCCUGGGAGUACUACAAGAUGUUCCAGUGUAAGGCCCACCUGGUGAUGAGGCUGAUAGAAAACAGGAUCAGCAUGGAGUUCAUGUUGCAGGUUUUCAACAAGCUUCUGAGCCUGGCGAGCACGGCCUCGUCCCAGAAGUACCAGAGUCACAUGUGGAGCCAGAUGCUUCUGUCUACUCACGCCUUUCUCAAAUCCAUCUCCAACGUCUCCGGCAAAGACAUCGGCCCCCUCAUCAAACAAUGGGUAGAUCAAAGUGCUGUGGUGAAAUUCUUUGGCAGCUUUGCCUUCAAUAGGAAGAGGAACGUGCUUGAGCUGGAGAUCCGACAGGACUACACGUCAUCUGGGACUCAGAAAUAUGUGGGUCCCAUCAAAGUGACGGUGCAGGAGCUGGAUGGAUCCUUCAACCACACGCUGCAGAUUGAGGAGAACAGCCUCAAACACGACAUCCCCUGUCACUCCAAGAGCAGACGAAACAAGAAAAAGAAGAUCCCUCUGAUGAAUGGAGAGGAAGUUGACAUGGAUUUAUCGGCUAUGGAUGCGGACUCUCCUCUCCUCUGGAUCCGCAUUGACCCAGAUAUGUCCAUUCUGAGGAAGGUGGAGUUUGAGCAGGCUGACUUCAUGUGGCAGUAUCAGCUGCGCUAUGAGAGAGAUGUAGUUGCACAGGAGGAGGCCAUCUCAGCGUUGGAAAAGUUCCCUACUCCUGCCUCCAGACUGGCUCUGACAGACAUCCUGGAGCAGGAACAGUGUUUCUACAAAGUCCGCAUGCAGGCCUGCUUCUGUUUGGCCAAGAUAGCCAAUGCCAUGGUGAGCACGUGGCAGGGUCCGCCAGCCAUGAAGUCCCUGUUUACCCGAAUGUUCUGCUGUAAGAGCUGCCCCAACAUCGUCAAGACCAACAACUUCAUCAGCUUCCAGAGUUACUUCCUGCAAAAGACGAUGCCCGUUGCCAUGGCGUUGCUUAGAGACGUCCAGAACCUCUGUCCCAAAGAUGUCCUCAACUUCAUCCUUGAUCUCAUCAAGUAUAACGACAACAGGAAAAACAAAUUUUCAGAUAACUACUACCGUGCUGAGCUGAUAGAAGCACUGACCAACUCUCUGACCCCGGCCAUCAGCAUCAACAACGAGGUGCGCACAGUGGACAAUUUGAACAACGACGUCCGUCUCAUCUUGGAGGAGAUCACACGAUUUCUCAACAUGGAGAAACUGCUGCCGAGCUUCAGAAACACCAUCACUGUCAGUUGUCUGAGUGCGAUCCGCCAGCUUCAGAAGAACGGUCACAUUCCCAGUGACGCGUCACUCUUUAAGUCCUACGCCGAGUACGGACACUUUGUAGACGUUCGCGUCGCUGCACUGGAGGCUCUGGUGGACUAUACUAGAGUUGAAAGAAGCUCAGCGGAGCUGCAGUGGCUGCUCAACAUGGUCCAAAAUGACACAGUUCAUUAUGUCAGACAUAAGAUCCUGGGUAUGCUAUGUAAGAAUCCACCUUUCACCAAGACAACGGACUCAGCUCUGUGUAAUGAAGCUCUGGUGGACCAGCUCUGGAAACUUAUGAACUCGGGCACCUCCCACGACUGGCGGCUGCGCUGUGACGCCGUGAACCUCUACUACACUCUUUUUGGUUUGACGCGACCCUCCUGCCUCCCCCUGCCAGAACUGGGCCUGGUGCUCAACCUGAAGGAGAAAAAAGCUGUCCUGAACCCCAUCAUCAAGCCCGAGAUGGGGGUCGGCGCUGUCAUGGAGACGCCCGCAAGUAUAGGCAUCCAUGGCGUGGGCAUGAGCUACUCCACUGUGGAUGAAGAGCCAGAUCCCAUUUCAUUGGGGGUGUGUGGGGUGGGCCAGCCCCCUAUGGGCUUGAAGAGGAAGGCUGAGACCCCGCUGGGCUCCCCUCCAGAGCCGGGACAGAUACUGCAGCAACAGGAAGACGAUACAAGAGGAGGGCGCUUCAAGAUCAGGUUCAACACAAUGGAAGAUGAAGAUAUUGAUAUGGAGACAGUUCAUGACAGUCAGGCGUUCAUUCACCAUCAUCUCAAUCUGUUAGAGAGGCCCUCCACACCAGGUAAAGAGCCUCCGUCAGUGGAACAGUCCAUGCUGUCCUUGCCCGCCACGCCCAUGCCGUCCUUCCCCAAGGAGACCACCUCGUCGUCCUCCAAACACGGGGGCGAGCACGGCCACCACCACCAUCACCACCACCACGAGCACAAGAAGAAGAAGAAGAAGCACAAGCACAAGCACAAACACAAGCACAAACACGAGAGCAAGGACAAGGACAGGGAGAGGGACAACUCCCACGCCUACAGCAACAGCCCGGCCAGCGGCAGGUCCCUGCGCUCGCCGUCCUUGUCCGACUAAAACAUCUGGGGGCAAAGGUCGGCUUCCAACUGCUACUGGUUCAGCUAGGGUUAACUGGUUACAUCCGUCUUGCAGUAGCAGGCGUGCGUCUCUGGUGAGCACAGAGGCCCAAAAUAGAAAGCGAAAGGUGUUUAGUUUAUCUAAAUACUUUCUAGUCAGUGGUAUCGUCAUAUAGGAGGCAUGUGGACAAAGUUUCAUAGAAAUGGAUGCUGUUGCAAGUGUUGUGAUCCUUAGAUAUAUUUCAGCUCUGAAUUCCUCAGCAGAAGCAGCAGUCCGUGUUUGUUUGAGAGAGGAAACAGGGACUUUUGAACUGAGGCUGCAGUGUCAUUAAGGUAAACUCUCCAGAGCCGUCCUCGUAU